UUGCACACAGCCGCUUACAGAAGCAACCAGCAGCCCAAACGCACAAAAGCAAAGAGAGGAAAUCCAAAGUUCUGUCUAGUUAGAGAAGACAGAAGUAGAAACAAGUGCUAGGAAACAGCAACAAACAGAAAAUACCUGACUGUGCAAAGUCAUUUCUGUCACUGUGGUUAGUGGUUUGCACUGGAACAAUUCUCUGCUUGUGUGACGCCUGACCUUUAACCUCUGAAGUCCAACCUUGAGAGGCUGCUUGAAGGCACUUUUAACAGACAGAGAGACCAACACAUCCAUCUGAGAAGCAGGAUGUCUGAGAUGCCUGCUUUCCCCCGAAUGUCCUUCCUGUUGCUUUGCAUUCUGGGUAUGACCGUGGUGACAUCUGGCUUCCCUCAGCCUCGACUAUCUCUCAGAAGUCCUGAGGAUUCAGCCGAACCUAAACGAGAUGACUGGGAUGUCCUUUUCCCCUCCAUCUCUCUCCGUGAUUGGAGCAUUCAAAUGAUGUCAGCCCCCAGCCUCGGAGCAGCCAAUAGCAAGGCAGGACUGAUGAGAGAGGCGUGGCUGUUUGCCCCAGAAAGGGCAGAGCCCAGCAUGGAGAGGGCGUGGCCCGCUGAAUGGUCGUCUCAGGGUGCCGGCAUGGUGAAGAGGAACAUGGUGGUGGCUGAUGAUGCUGCCUUCAGAGAGAAGAGUAAACUCCUCACCUCCAUGGAGAGACAGAAGUGGCUCAACUCCUACAUGCAGAAACUACUGGUGGUUAAUUCUUCAUGAUACUGGCAAAAAGCCAUUUAAAGGGAUGUUAAGUCUCUGGGUAACUGCACAGAGAGAAGACAGUAGUGUAGACAUCAAAAGACAUUAACACUUGCUGUUCUAUUUCUUUUGGAACUUUCCCUAUUUUAUUCUAAUACUUAAGUUAUUGAUUUCCCAAAAGGUGGUUAAAUGAAUAAUUCAGAAAGUCUGUUGGUGUUGAAUAUACAUACAUCUAAAGUGAAUGUUGGUCCUGCUGAAAAUAAUUUGGUGUUAUUCAACUUGAUGCAUAAAUAAAGAUGUAAAUUAUGUUUUUGACAACUG